CGAGGUCCGCCACGGAACGACUCUUCGCGUAGGCAGAGGCGCGAAGCGCGUGCGUGACGAAGUUUCCGCAAUUUCUUUGCGGUCCUAACUUCCCUUCGAAGACAAGGCCAGCCAUUAUAUCUUGCUAUCUUAGGUCCUUCAGGAAGUCGGUUAGGAUCCGCUACCUUCCCCUGUUGGCGGGCCAGGCGGUCAGACAGCCGUUUGUUUAUCUGGGCCGACGCGCUGCUGGCUACCAUCAGCGCUAGUCCACCCAGGCCGGGUUGGGUCGGGUUGAGCCGGGCUGGCAGGCGCUGGAGUCCUGUCAAACAGGCUUUACUGUUUGACAAAUAUCUCUCCAUCUAUGUCCUAGGCUCCAGGUUGAAAAAUUUUGCAGUCCAUCUAGUUUCUCACUGCAGUUAUGCCUGGUUCUGGUUUUGCCCGUGGAAUUCAGCGCAGAGAUGAAGAGACAGGGUUGUGUGCUGAGGAAUCAUAAUAUAACCAGUACUUGGUCCUUGGCACGAAGGAAGACUAUCAUAAUUGAGAAAGCACAGUGAGAAAGUGUAGUGAGAUCUCAUCAUUUUAUGUUAUCUGGGCAUCCAUGUUGAACGUGAAUGUCGUUUUCUGGUCCCAGAAGCGGAGGUCAGUCACUUGUGACACUUUCCAUUUCUACACCUCCUCUCAGUUCUCAGUGUGGUCGAUGCAAAUAUCUCUGUCUUCUGCUGUCUGCCUCCCAAGGGGACAACUGGAGGAAACCUGUUUAGAUACCUUAGCCCCGCAAAUGGUAUUAAUCCACGCGGCACCCUCUCUCCCUGCAUAUUUCCUGACCAUGGUGUAUGUGGUCUCCAGGCCUGUGCUGUAUUCCCCAGAACGUGUUUUUUCUGCAAUACAAUGGAUACAAUUUAUUAUGGCAACUCUGAGUAUUAUAGGUUCAAGUUCACUUAUUUCCUAUGCUGUAUUCAAGAAUACGCCGAAAUCUCCAGAGAUAAGGCCACUUUUUUGUCUGAGCUUCUCUGACCUGCUACUGGGAAUUUGCUGGCUUACUGAGGCACUUCUCUAUGGAACUUCAAUAGCCAAUAAGGACAUUAUCUGCUAUAACUUGCAAGCACUUGGACAGACACUCUACAUUUCCUCAUUUCUCUACAUUGUCAAUUACAUCUGGUAUUUGUGCACAGAACUAAGGAUGAGACACAACCAGAUUGGACAGAACACAUCUCCACUGGUAACAGAUUCUACUUGCCGAGUUGGUCAAAUCACCUUCAUUUUUUCAAGCCUGAUACCUCUACUAUUGAUGACACCUGUGUUCUGUCUGGGCAACGACAGUGAAUGUUUCCACAACUUCAGUCAGAACAACAGGUGUAUCCUGAUGUUUUCACCAGCAUCAGUCAUGGCUGAACUCCUGCCUUCUGCCAAUACAUCUGUCUGUAACAUACUUUAUUUUUAUAGUAUCACCAUUUUCUUGGCUAGCUUUUUGCUCAGCCUUCUAACUAUUAUGGUCUUAUUCAUCCAAGCCCAAAACUUGUAUAAGAAGUUUGUGAAAUCACCUGGCUUUGUGGGGAACAAACAGCGAAUAGUGAUUCACAUUGUGGAACAGCGAGUGCGCUUCUACCCAGCGGCCUUCUUAUGCUGCUGGGGCCCAGCUGUCGUGCUGAUAAUCACAAAGCUGACUAAGCCCCAGGACACCGAGCUACACAUGGCCCUGUAUGUUCUCCAGGCUCUAACAGCAGGAUCCCAGGGUCUGCUCCACUUUGGAGUAUAUGGAUGGACACAGCACAAAUUCCACCAACUAAAGCAAGAGGCUCAAUGUGAUGUGGAUACCCAGACACCAUUAUUAUGCUCACAGAAGAGAGUCUAUAACAGGGGCCUGGAUCCAUUAGGGUCUACUGUUACUUUUGCUACUAGCUCCUCCACCAUUCUUUGAAAUUACAAUUACUAGGAUACUCAGGAACUGGAAUUGUUUUACAUUAAUGGAUUGUGAAGAAUGUCAGGUAACCAUAUCCUACACCAGCUUUCUUAACAAGACCCCCUAAAACUCAAGAAAUAAAAUAAAAAAUAAGUGGGAUGGCUUCAAAUAAAGCUUCUGUACAGCAAAGGAAACAGGAGCAUGAAGAGAGAGCCUACUAAAUAGGAGAAUCUU